CCCACUUCCUUGCAAGGACAACACAAUUUGACGGCGGACACAUACACUUUUUUUCCCCCGUUUUGGGCCCGCCAGCUAGCCCAGUCUCGUCCCCCGAUCUGACUGGUCCAGUCACCAGCACCCAAUUCGCACUCGUUUCCACAAUGCUUCGCAAGCGCCGCGCCGAUUAGAUGCCGCCAAAGAGACAGCAGCCAGACUUCCGCAGUCCCAGCCGAAAAUGAACAAUUUGGAUCACGUAAAGCACUUCUACCCAGACAACUACAAAUUGGAUCUGUCCGAGACGAUGAAGGCGGCUCUGUCAAAGGGACCCGGUGGGGGAGGCGUUGCAGGAGCGGAUAUGCUGCCGCAGCCGAAUGCCGGAAUGCCGGGCGUGGGCUAUGUGACGGAGAAGCUGUACAUGCUGUUGCAGCUAUAUUUGCAGAACAAGGGCUGGAAUCCGAGCGCCGAGCUGCUGCAGUGCUUCAGCGAUCUCAAAGACAACGCUAUGCUUCCCAGCGCCGCAUAUCUGCAGGUUCUGGCUAACCGCCUGACUCUGGACUCUCAAGGUAGGCUCAUCCUGCGGGACAAUGGCAAGAUUGUGCUGCCAUUUGAGCACUUCGCUAACGCAGUAAUGCUGAAACACAUGUCUGGACCCCAUGGUCUCCACCUGAGCGUGGAUGCCACAGUGCGAGCCGUUAUCGAGUCCUACACCAUCGGCCGGGACCAAUUCGGCAUGGAAAAGGAGUUCAUCAUCGAGGUGGUGCAAUCAUGCCCCAGUCCCGCCUGCCGCUACUACAAGAACCACAUGGGCAUCUCGCCAAUGCCGUUCAUGGAGCAGCAGUAUCCAGGCGUCAGCACGCCCGAGUUUCUCCAGCGCCUGUCCCACCUGCCGCCCAGUGGAACAGCUGGAGCCGGGCCAGGCAGCUCGGCUGCAGGCUCUGCAUCGAGCGUUGCAAGCAGCUCAAGUUCGGGUAAUGUGGAGAUCGAUCUUUCCAAGUCGACGGGCUCCAAGGUGCCGCAGGUGCCAGUUCCGCCACAGUUGCAACAUCUUACCAAACAGCAACAGAACAGUAUCCAGACUCAGUUGUCGCAGAUUAGCGCCGCCGCUGCCCAUCACCAACAGCAGCAGCAACAACAACAGCAGCAGCAGCAACAACAGCAGCAGCAGCAACAGCAACAACAACAGCAACAACAGGCCCAGGCACAGGCCAAGCACCAGCAACAGCAGCUGACUGCUGCAUUAAUCCAACAGCAGAACCGCGUCCUCGCCCAACAAAGCCUUGAAAAGCUUAGCAAUCUUAGCCCACUGGAGAAGCAGCGGGUUUUCGCCCAGCUGGACCCCAAACACUUCGAUCCCAUGGCUGUGGCGGCAGCAGCCGCCAACCUGCAAAUCCAGGGUCUGAUGCAAUCGCAGGCAGUGGCAGCCGCAGUCGCCGCAAACCAGCAGCCAGCGGCCGCCACCAGCACAUCCUCGGUAGGAAGCUCAGGAGUCGUUCCGCAAACCCAUGGUCAUGGUCAUCAUGCGCUGCCACCGCCCUCGCAGUCGCCGCAUUCAUCGUCCUCGUCUUCCUCACAUUCCUCGCUGGAUCAGAUUACCCACAAGAACGUGGCCGAAUCAUUGCGUUCCAAUCUGGAUUCAAUAGAGUCUAACAAAGAUCUACUUGCGCUGCACAAUGGAGCCUGGGCCACUGGCGAUGCUAACCGCAUAGACCACAUGGCCGUGGGCCAGGACAAAAUUGUGCGGAUAUUUGCGGAGCUAAUGCGGAACAUGUCGCGAAUGAAGACCUACAUACGUCCCUCGAUGUGCAAACCCUAUGGAAAGCAGAGCGAGAGCUUGCAAAAGACCCUCAUGGACACCAUUCAGAUCGUGCAGACGCUGCGCAACUGCUUGCCCGCACCUCACAUACCAGUCUCCUCGUGGAAGAGCGAGAGCGAGGGCAACGUGGGAUCAGGAGUGGGAGUUGGCGUUGGAGUGGGAGUGGGUGUUCCACCAGGACUUAACCUGAGCGCCGCAUUGGGUCUGCCGUCGAACAGGGUGGACAACAUGCACUAGGCAGCAAUAUCUCCUUGCAGAUUCUUCCAAAAGUUUGAAAACACUUGGUACUCACACACAGACAUACGUACAUCUAGAUAAUAACGAUGAUAGCAGUUCACCCUCUUAGGCUUGGCUCCAGUUUUCCUUUUAGCAAUUAUGUAUGUGCCAUGUUCAACGCAAAAGCAAGACUUGAUUUUCUUCAUAAUUGACUGACAAUUAGGUAUAUGCAGACACAUGCAUAUGUAUUGAAUCCUGCGGCUGGAUUCGUCCGAUUUCAUUCUCACUCACUACUCACUGUUUCCCGAUUCGGCAUACAAACAAAAUUAACAAGCAAAAUGGCAAAUUAGUUAAACAAUUGGCAAAACGUCUGUGAUAUUUAAAUUAUGUUGGCAAACGGAAAGCAAAACUAAAUUUAAUUUAUUAUUUUGUGUGUGCCCUCUGUUGUUGUGACUGUCUUAUGAUUACUUUGUGCAAUAUCUAUCCACUAAGCAUUUAUUAUAUCUAUUCUUUAGCCUUUAGCCAUUCUCGUGCAAUCGACGACUUCUCGCCCAUAUCAAAUCGAAUAUAGCCUAUACUUAAACUAACCUAACUAACUGAUAAUCGACAUGAUAGACGCAUAAGAGUAACAUUAUAUUUUGCAUUGGGAGGACUCCUGAACGGGAAGUUUGAUUGCAAAUGGAACGGAAAACGAGUUGUGUUUAAAUUUAAGAAUCAGAAGCAGAAGGGUUGUAUUCCUCCGCAUGCAAAGGCUACUUAAAUAUAUUUUACCCCGCCCGAGCUCACCAUUAAAGUAAUUCGAUUAAAGACAAGCAAACAGUAUUAUACGCAAUAAAAAGACACCUAUUGGCAACCAUAAGUAUUUACCUAGAUGAAGUGAGGGAAUUUAUCGUAACAUACCAUAUUAUCGCUUAAUGUUUAUCUUCCGGACUUAAUAUUAAAUAAAUAUUUUAUUCUACGACAAAUAAUGGAUUCGAAAUUGUGCUAGAGGAAGUCCCUUUUAAAAUGAGCUUUCCACACGAAAUCCGAUUGGUGCUCUUCAUGUUCUAUAUGAUGGAGGCGGUGGCCCACAUGGUUCUGAUGCGAUUCAACGUGACCGGAUUCUAUGUGGUUUACAAGAACCCUCUACCGCUGCUCCUUGAGUUGCCUUACUUCUGCUAUCUGGGGUGCGUCUAUAUCUUUGGAGUGCUAAAUCUGCUUGCUGGCGUGAAUAUAUGCACAAGUGAACAUCCUUCCAUCCUGGGAGAAGUCCUGCGCUCGCUAAUUAGCUGCUUUGUCUAUGUGAUUUGCUCAAUGCUGAUGCUAUUUGACGCUGAAUCGGAUCUCAACGAUAUCAUAGCCACUAAAAAGCCAAACGAUUUGAUACCGCUGGAGGAAGUCCUGCACCCAUAUUUCAAGUACAACCAUCUAGAGUCCCAGGGAAUGGCGUCUAUGGUGUGCAGUGGGAUUCAUAUGCUACACUACCUCGUCGCAAUUUAUGUCCUGAGUUGCAGGAGGAUACCGAAUAUAAUCUGGGGAGCAUGGUGCCGUAUUGGAUACAAAACGAUCAGUCGGUCUAGGAUUAUAUUAGCUCAGAGGACAAAGCAUCCUCGCUCUUCAAGUUAUCCACACCCCCAUCAGUUUGCCAAAGCUUUCUAGGAUCAAAACAUAGUAAUCUUUGCCUCUUAUUUGCUACAAAUACAAA